UCCAGGAGCGGGCUCGCGGAGGGGUGCCGGGCGGGGCGCAGGCGCGCAGGGAGCCGGCGGAGGAGCCAGGCUGCCGGAGAACAUGGUGGAUUACCUGGCCAACACGGAGAUCAACAGCCAGCGCAUCGCGGCCGUCGAGAGCUGCUUCGGGGCGUCGGGGCAGCCGCUGGCCCUGCCAGGCCGCGUGCUGCUGGGCGAGGGCGUGCUGACCAAGGAGUGCCGCAAGAAGGCCAAGCCGCGCAUCUUCUUCCUCUUCAACGACAUCCUGGUGUACGGCAGCAUCGUGCUCCACAAGCGCAAGUACCGCAGCCAGCACAUCAUCCCGCUGGAGGAGGUGACGCUCGAGCCGCUGCCCGAGACCGCGCGGGCCAAGAACCGCUGGAUGAUCCGCACGGCCAAGAAGUCCUUCGUGGUGUCAGCCGCCUCCAGCACGGAGCGCCAGGAGUGGAUCAGCCACAUCGAGGAGUGUGUGCGGCGGCAGCUGCUGGCCACCGGCCGCCAGCCCAGCACGGAGCACGCGGCGCCCUGGAUCCCCGACAAGGCCACGGACAUCUGCAUGCGCUGCACGCAGACGCGCUUCUCGGCCCUCACGCGGCGUCACCACUGCCGCAAGUGCGGCUUCGUGGUCUGUGCCGAGUGCUCCCGGGAGCGCUUCCUCCUGCCGCGCCUGUCGCCCAAGCCCCUGCGCGUCUGCAGCCUCUGCUACCGCCAGCUGGCCGCCCGCAAGCGGGAGGAGGACGAGCCGUGCGCGGGGGCCCCCGGGCAGCCGGCCCACGCGGCCGGGGCGGGCUGCGGAGCGUCCAGCGGGGACGAGGAGGACUCUGACGAGGACAAGGAGGGCAGUGGCGCCGGCGACUGGCCCAGCCGUGUGGAGUUCUACGCCUCGGGCGCCUCCUGGUCGGCCUUCCACAGCUGACCGGGAUCUGCGGCUGUGCGGGAGAGGCUCCCGGUCCCUCCUGCAUCCGGGCAGACUCCAUCGCCGGGCCCUGAGAGAGCACAGCUCCCGCGCUGCACCCCGCCCCCAGGACCCUGCCCCACGGGGGGCAGGCGCAGUGCCAACGGCUCUUUCUCUCCAGACCCCAGUGCCUUUGUGCUGGCCAUUGGCAUCCUUCUUUUCCACGUCAGGUAAUUCUCUGUCCACUUAGCGAACUCAAAACACUUGGGCCUCUUAGGAACAAAUAAAUGCCUUUUCUCA